UGACUGUCAAAAUACAGUGGUUCCAUCUUUCCAUGUUUUUCAUCACCAAGUUUCUAGAGCAGGUGCUGCAAGUUAGGAUUAAUACAGGUGGGUGCUCCCUGGUUAGCAUAGAUAUAGGGGCUGAACAGCCUGUCUACGCUGUACGGCAAUAAUCUAGCCGAAUGAAUUUAAAUUCAAUGAAAUAUUAGCUGAACCCAAAUUAGGAGCUUGAGAUCUGCUUCCCCAUUUUAAAUCUGAUCAUUUAUUAUAAGCUAAAGUUGCGAAGAAUUUCAUACACUUGAUGGGAAUAAAUUCAUUUGUUUGGAAAAGAUGCAUAGUUUUACUUAAAAUAAGAUAUGCUCUAACAAGACACCAGUUUUAAUGCAGUAACUGAUAUUGAGUUUUGUGCGUGCUGAGUACCCUUCCUUUAACUCGCAUUUGAUGGAAGUUUUAAUGACUUUCUGAGCAUAUUUAAAGGGACAUUCAGAGCUCAAAGGACUGACAUUGCACCGGACUGAAAGCAUCAGCAACUCCUUCUCCUGAAAACUGAUCAAAAAUGGGGAAACAAGAGGAGAUCCUCAGGAAAGUGACCCUUCUGCUGAAAGUUCGAAGUAUUCUGGUGAAACAGUGCCUGGCUGAAUGUUUGGGAACGCUCAUUCAUACCAUGCUUAGCUGUGGAGCAAUAGCUCAGUUUACACUUAGCUGUGGCACUCACACUGAGUUUCUGUCUGUAACUUUCGCCAUUGGAUUUGCAGUAGCUCUAGGCAUAUUGGUAACCAGUAAAGUGUCAGGAGCUCACCUGAACCCAGCAGUGACCUUUGCUUUGUGCUUGCUUGCCUGUGAGCCUUGGUUAAAAUUCCCCUUCUUCUUUUUGGCACAAACAGUAGGUGCCUUCCUUGGAUCAGGAAUAAUGUUUGGUUUGUAUUAUGAGAAGUUGUGGCUCCACGGCAAUAAGCAGUUGACAGUUAUUGGACCAAACUCGACUGCUGGGAUUUUUACCACGUUUCCACUUGAACAUGUGAGUGCAAUCACUGGCAUUUUUGAUCAGGCAGCUGGGACUGCAGUGCUCAUAUUUUGCAUCCUUAUCAUUGUGGAUCCUUUGCACACCCCAGUGAGGACAGGCUUGGAAGCCUUCACCAUAGGCUUGGUGGUUCUGAUCAUCGGCUGGUCCAUGGGUUCAAAUUCCCAGUACUCACUAAAUCCUGCCAGGGAUAUUGGACCUCGCUUGUUCACAGCAAUUGCUGGUUGGGGAUCUGAAGUUUUCACGCAGACAAUCUCUGAAGAUAAUGGGUGUGGUCACCCAUCUUGUAAAGACACCGCCCAGAAGAAAGCAAUGGCAAGUCACUUCUGUAGACCAUGAUCGGCCACUUCAUACGACACGCCACGUAAUGAUGAUGAUGAUUGCAAUGCCACAAUACAACAGUAACGUUAAACAUGGCUCUGAUUCUCUUCAAGAAAAUCGUCUCUCUUCCAGUUCUGGAGGAAGUUCGAAAGUUGGUUUCUUAACCUAUAAAGCAUUGUGAGGCUUAGCGGGCUGUUUUAUAUCCAGGGAUAAGAGAACAUGGCACUGUCUGUAUGGAAUUUGUCAUUUUCCUCUGUGACCGUAUAGGCUUCUCUGUGUGCUCUGCUUUCUUCCCAUGUUCCAAGUACAUAUGGGUUGGUAAGUCACUGAUCAGAUGGGGCUAAGUGGGUGGUGCGGCCUCAUUGAACUGGAAGGGCCCGUUACUGUGCUGUAUCUCAAAAAAAAGAAUCAUAGGGUGUAACAUAUUCAAUAUUUCACUAGUAUGUAUAUAUCUUGAGCAUUUUUGUUUGUUUACAUAAUUCAUUAUGGGUUAUAUGUAAGAAGUAUGUGAAAGGCAUAGGACACCAUGUCACCAUGUCGUAUGUGAGGGCCUCACUAAGGAAAAAUGAUUAAGACAAAACAUAUCCU